AUGAACGUCGACACCAUCCAAGACUUCCUCGCAGAACAGCGGGAGAAGACACCCGAUGACCUGCUGCCUCUUGUCCUAGAAUUCGAGUCACUAUGGGAGCGCAAGCUAUGGCACCAGCUCACAAACCAGCUGCUCGAGUUCUUCAACCACCCUGCCAGCGCCCCGCAGCGCCUAGACUUCUACAAGGUCUUCAUCUCCAAGUUUGCCGAUAAGAUCAACCAGCUCAAGCUCGUCGACCUGGCCCUGAAGGCCGCGACACAAUACAACCAGGAGCGCCUUUCCUUCAUGGAGGAGGUCGCCAAGAAGGUCGACCACGAAGACUCGCAGGACGCCCUCGUCUUCGCAACAAUCGCCGUCGCGCGCGUAAAGCUGGACCUGGCCGAUCUCGACGGCGCAAGACAAGACCUGGACCGGGCCGAGCGCAUCCUGGACAGCUUCGACUCGGUCGAGACGAUCGUGCACGCCGCCUUCUACGACGCCAACGCCGACUACUACCAAGCGAAGGCCGACUUUGCCUCGUACUACCGCAACGCCCUGCUCUACCUGGCCUGCAUCGACAUCAAGCAGCUAUCGCCACAAGAGCGGCGCAAGCGCGCCUACGACCUGGCCAUCGCGGCGCUGGUCAGCACAAGCAUCUACAACUUCGGCGAGCUCCUGCUGCACCCGAUCCUCGACGCCCUCUCAGAACGCGAAGAAGAUCAGUGGCUACGCGAGCUCCUCUUUGCCUUCAACCGGGGCGACCUGACGGCGUACGACAUCCUCUCGACCCGCAUGAACUCCGUUCCCAUUCUGCAAGCCCACGCACGACAGCUCCGCGAAAAGAUCUACCUCUCUGCUUUGACAGAGGCCGUCUUCCGGCGCCCGCCGCAUGACCGGGCUAUGACGUUCGCGACGAUCGCCGCCGAGACGAAGGUACGGCCCGACGAGAUCGAGCACCUCAUCAUGAAGGCGCUCAGCCUGGGCCUGCUGCGCGGCACGAUCGACCAGGUGGACGAGGUGGCGCAUAUUAACUGGGUACAGCCCAAGGUGCUGGACAUGAAGCAGAUUGCUAAUAUGCGGGAUCGGCUAAAGGAGUGGGAUGAGAGCGUUAACCAGCUGGGUAACUGGAUCGAGAGAGUGGGGCAGGACUUGUGGGCGGCUUGA